AUGCGGAGACGAGCUGAUAGCCCUCCCGGGCCCGUGGGCACUCAAGAGUCUCACCAGGCAAAGCGUCAGAGGCGCUCCUCGGCUUCGCGAUCUGCUUCACCCGAAGCUCGCCGGUCCGCAACUUCCCCCCGCAUCAUCCGCCAAUCCUCGCCCUCUCGUCCAUCCUUACCUCCACUUCACCCUCUUACGCAAUCUGGACAAAGCGGCGCCGGCCCUGCCAGCUCUUCUGGCGGUCCCGGAAGCACAUCCGGAGCAGGCGGCACGGGCGGAGCGUCCAGCACCGGAGGAGACCGGCCGUCUCCGGCGGCGUCCACUGCCUGGCAUGGCGAGGGCAGGGGACCAGGUGGGCAACCCUGGCGCCCGAACUGGCAGACGCACAAGAAUAGGCAUUCGCUCGACGCUCCGCGCAGCGUCAACAUCAAGUCGCACUCGCCGGGCUCGUCGCCGGAGCGGGAGCGCCCAUCGGCUGAGAAAAGUGGGGCCUCCGAGGGCAGGUCCGAUCAACAACCGGCAAGCGGAUCUGGACCGACAAACGGCCCGGAUGUCGUCUUUACGCGAGAUGUGACUAAUCGACAACCGCGCAGUAUGAUGGCAUGUGUCCGCUGUCGUCGUCAAAAGAUGAAGUGUGAUGGACCUGGAAAGGAACCGUGCCGUGGAUGCCGACAGGCAGGCGUGCACUGUGUCUUUGAGUCUCGUGCGCGCCCGAAAUCUAUUUCGACCUUGCCGUCCCGUGCGUCGCCAUUCUUCGCUGGGUCAUUGCCGCCUGGAAGGGGAGGAACCCCCGGUACCGGCGGGCCCUCGUUCUACCCUGGUGCCAGCCAGCCGGCACCCCCAAUCACCUCGCGUCCGGCUCUUGGCCCGGGAGACUAUGCCGUGCGCGGUGUGCGUGAGCCUAUGCCACCGCCGCCCAACGCGAGCAUUUCGUCGCUCGCUUCCGUGGCGGCCGGUGCGGUCCCGUAUCCUCCGCCUCUGCGACCGCACUCGCCGCCCAUGCACGCCCAAGGAGGCCCGCCACCGGGCCAGCCGCCUUACUUUGCAGGCCCUCCUCCCGUGUCUGGACCGCCUGUGGAGGCCCUCCCUGGGGCAGUGGCCGCAAUUCAGACAACGCUGGGUACCCUUCUUCGCGCGCAGGACGCUCUCGCGGCGCAGCUUGCGGGUGGCCAGAACCCCGCGUACAGCGGCGCGCAGCCUGCGGGCGGGGCUCCUCGCGCACCGGUCGAUGUGCCUGACCAUGUCUGGGAGAGCUACCGUGUCGGAGCGUGGCCUCUGACGCCUUGGCUGCCUGGCAUUUCGCCCAUGGCGGCUCUUCCUGGGCUAGUGCUGGAAUGUCUCGGACAACGGGCAGCUGUUGAGCGGACCGAGCAGAACCGUCGCGAGGCGGAUCUUGCGGCCGAUGCCGUGUCUGCCGAGAUUGGUCGCCUACUCUCAGCCAAGGUGCCCUGGACGCGUGACGAGGUCUUGUCGCUCGGCGUAUAUGCGACGUGGACCAGCGACCAGGCGCUCGGAUGCCUGUCGACAGGUCUCGCCCGAGACCUGCAGCUCGACCGCCCGCACACGCUUCGGAAGAGCCACGACGAGUGGCGGGAAUGGAUCUACGUUGUCUUGGCAGACCACAUGCUGCACCUGCCGGACUUCAACGUGCCGAUCGUGCAUGAGCCUGUGGCUGCGCAGUGGCGUGAGCUCGUUUCAGCCAGCCAGCCAGGCGAUCCCUCGACACACGACCGGGACUCCAAGCUGCUUGGCUGGCUCGAGUUCUCCGAGAUUCUGAUCGAGAUUCAGAGCAUGCAGCGUGCUGCGCGACUGCCGGGUGAGGCGCCGCCCUCGCCCCCCGGUCGCGACAGUGUUCUGCCAGACCCUGCGGACCAGGCUGCCGUCGACAGACUGCGUGCGCGUGCGCGCGAGAUCUGGCGCCGUUCGGCAGCCAAACUCGAGGCAUGGGCAUCAAGCAACGGAGCGCGCCACGACCCCGUCCUGACGCUGUACUACCACUACGCGAUCCUGUACGCGGCGUCGCCCGCCUUCACCGCCGACCGGAACGUGUGGCUCGCCAUGUCCUCGACCUCGGAGGGAUAUCAGCAACUCGAGCGCGGCCGCGAGGCAGCCCUCGCCAUGCUCUCCGCCCUGGGUUCGCCCGAGAUCAGCCGCACGCUCGCCUACAGCUUCACGGUCCUGAAGCCGCUGUACGGCCUCGCGAUCCUGCACCUCGUAAGCAUGGCCGCGACGCUGGGCCACCUGCCCAUCAUCAGCGUCGGGCACGUCGAGACGCUCCUGCGUUCCGUCAUUGACCAGCUCGUCGACAAGGGCGGCCCUGGGCCCGCCAAGGCGCCUAUCGCCCCCGGUCUGCAGCAGAGCCUCACGCUCGACAUGGUCGAGAAUGGCUCGGUUGCGGGGUUGGGCAAGAGGGAGGUGCUGGGCCAGGAACCGUGCAAGGAGCUGUGGAGGAAGCUGCUGGGCUGA